AUGAAGGAUGUCCUAAAGACUCGGCAGCUGGUUUGGGCAUGUCGUCAGGAUGGAAGAACACAGAGAUCCAUUAAAGUCUAUGGACUACGUUCCCGAUGGCAGAAGACCCCGCAGCAGACCGAGAAUGUCGUACCUCGAAUACUAACGAUGCUGAGCUUCGCGCUGUGCACCUUGGUAUUGUACCAAACCACGGUACUGGCCAUCCAACCCGAAGUGGUUCUGCAGCAAGGUACUCUGAAGGGUUUGUGGGCCGACAGCUUCGGAGGACGUCCUUACGCAGCGUUCUACGGGAUACCCUACGCGAAGCCUCCGGAACCAGUGGCUGCAGACCCAUGGUUAGGGAUUUACAACGCUACUAAAGAACCACCAAAAUGUCUUCAGUUGUUCUUCUUCGACUUAAACGUGCCAUCCAAGUUAGAAGGGUCAGAAGACUGUCUUUACGUAAACGUAUUCACUCCAAGGUUGAACACUGGAGCAGCUGAAAAGAAGCCUUUGGAUGUCAUUGCUUACGUUCACGGAGGAGCGUUCAUGAUCGGUAGCUCUUUGGACGGGGGAGUCGAUUACAUCAUGGAUAGAGACAUUGUUUUCGUCUCCUUCAAUUAUCGCCUUGGACCUUUAGGUUUCUUGAGCACUGGUGACGUGGCUGUUCCCGGUAACAACGGGCUGAAGGAUCAGGUACUGGCUUUGAAGUGGAUCCAGCAAAACAUCGCAGCCUUCGGUGGAGACCCCAACAGCGUAACAUUGACUGGGUUCUCGGCUGGAUCAGCGAGUGUCCAUUAUCAUCUCUUGUCUCCACUCAGCAAGGCUCCAUUUGGCCCGGUUGUGGAGCCUCCAGGCCCGAACGCAUUCCUUCCAGACACUCCGAUCAACCUCAUCAAACAAGGAAAGAGUUCGGAUGUGCCCAUGAUGAUUACAUUCACUAAGGACGAAGGAAUAUUUUUUGUACUAGACAUAAUAACCAAUCCCAAUCUGAACAAUGAGAUUAAAGCUGACUGGAACGGAAUAGCGCCACACCUGUUUGAUUACAAUUACACAGCUCCUUCUGAUAAGAGAGAAGAAGUAUCCAAAGAGAUAGAUCUUCUUUAUCUUAUAGCCGACCGUCCGAUUCUAAAAUCUGCAAUCGUGGCGGAAGUUGGGAAAGCUCAUGAUUUCCAUAAAAAUCAGCCAUUAACGAUGCUGAGCUUCGCGCUGUGCACCUUGGCGUUGUACCAAACCACGAUACUGGCCAUCCAGCCCGAAGUGGUUCUUCAGCAAGGUACUCUGAAGGGUUUGUGGGCCGACAGCCUCGCAGGACGUCCAUACGCAGCGUUCUACGGGAUACCCUACGCGAAGCCUCCGUUGAACACUGGAGCAGCUGAACAGAAGCCUUUGCAUGUCAUUGCUCACAUUCACGGAGGAGCGUUCAUGGUCGGUUUCUUGAGCACUGGUGACGUGGCUGUUCCCGGUAACAACGGGCUGAAGGAUCAGGUACUCGCUUUGAAGUGGAUCCAGCAAAACAUCGCAGCCUUCGGUGGGGACCCCAACAGCGUAACAUUGACUGGAUUCUCGGCUGGAUCUGGCAGUGUUCAUUAUCAUGUCUUGUCUCCACUCAGCAAGGCGAUUUGUGUCAGCGGUUCUUCUCUGAGCCCGUGGGGUGUCGCCGAAAACGUCAGAGAAAAGUCUUUCGUCGUGGCUAGAGAGCUAGGUUGCCCUGAUGUUGAUUCCUUAUCAAUGAUAAAAUGUCUCAGGCGGCGCCCCGCCGAACACAUUGUCCAAACAACGAAUAACUUCUUGGGUUGGUAUUACAACCCGGUAGUUCCAUUUGGCCCGGUCGUGGAGCCUCCAGGCCCGAACGCAUUCCUUCCAGACACUCCGAUCAACCUCAUCAAACAAGGAAAGAGUUCGGAUGUGCCCAUGAUGAUUACAUUCACUAAGGACGAAGGAAUGUUUUUUGCAAUAGAUAUAAUAACCAAUCCCAAUCUGAACAACGAGAUUAAAGCUGACUGGAACGGAAUAGCGCCAUACCUGUUUGAUUACAAUUACACAGCUCCUACUGAUAAGAGGGAAGAAGUAUCCAAAGAGAUUAAAAACCAUUACAACAUCGAUGUAGAUUCUGAAGAAGGCCAGAAGAACCUUCUCAAGGCUUUGAGUGAUAGAAUAGUCGUAGCUGGAACAGCCAAAAUGGCCAGAGUCCAUUCCAGCAUCAACACUUCACCAGUCUACAUGCUCAGGUUUUCAUAUACUGGGAAAUAUUCCUAUGCAUCGACGAUGGGAAUGCCUAAGGAUAUGGGAGUUGCCCACGGCGAAGAUUUGAUGUAUGUAUUGUCAGCAAAACAAACAAGUACACAAGAGACUGAAGCAGAUAGACAGGUAUCAAGAGAACUAAUCGACUUGUGGGUCUCGUUUGCAGCUAACAGCACACUAGAUGUUCCGACUUUCAACCAGAAUCUCCCUAAGAUCACCUUUACAGACUUCCAGGGUCCAAACCAACUUGUACCAACAAUGGUCGAUGAGCUGGGAGAAGAAAACUUUUGGGAUUCUUUGAAGUUAAAAGAAAACAUAGAGUCAGUGGUACCGACUAAAAAUGAACUGUAAAUCAUGUAUAUAAAUAAAUGUUUAUUUAAUUUUAUUUACUUAAUUAAAAACCUAAAUAUGAUGAAAUUCAUACAUGUAAAUAGGACUCUUGAAUAAUGUGAUCAAUAAAUAUAAGAAAAAAAUAAAUAUUUUUAUAUAUUUCAUUUUAAUAUUUGGUAUUCAAAAUUAUUUACCUUUGUCCAGAGGAAAUAAUAUUUACAAUAACAGGACUCUAAAGCAGUGUUGCCUCUUGUUAAUACCAAAUCCUCAUAUUUUCACUCCUUAGAGUAAAAUUAGAUCAGAGCUUUGCUUAAAUUAAAACAUUUUUCUUUUUUUUUUUUUAAUUUAUGGAUCAAGAAGAAAAAUGAAUUUAAUUUUAAUUUUUACUUUGUAGAUAAAUAGAUAGAAAGAAAGCUUUAUUUCAUAUGCAUGUUACAUAUUCCUUUUUAUUUUUUUUUUUAUUGACAAUGGUAUAGAACCGUCUGCCUGGAGUUGCCCUAAAAAUACAUACAAUGAAAAGAAUUAAUAAUAAUAAAAUAAAUAAAAACAAUUAACUUUGGAAACAUUAAACAGAUUCUUGUUAUUUAAAACUACCUGUAUUUAAAAACAUAAAUUUAAUCUAAAUAAACUUGUCAAAAAAUAAAUAAUUUUUGUUGUAUAACCUUAAUAUUAUACUUACUUUUGUUUACAUAUAACUAAAGAAUGUUAUGUGUUGUAUUGCUUAAUUAAAACCAUCCUAUAUUUAUAAGCAUAUAUAUGAUACAAAAAUAAACGCCUCCAACCUUUGCCAUUGAGUAUGUCUUGCGGUUUAUGACUUUUUUCUUAAAAUAUUUGAUUCUAUAUUCCUGUAAAUAUGGUAUACAUCUUCUAUUUCAUUUAAAUUACAAAGGCUACACAAUCUAUGUUGCUCACUCCUCAUAACACUAAUUGUCCACGCAAUUUAAAUAUACCUUUAAUAAAAUGCAUUUUAUUUACAUCUGAUAAUGCCUUUCACCUAAGAUGCUGUUUAAAUCCUUAUAAAGGUCAUGAUAUCUAGACACUAGCUUUUUCCCUCAUAUCCGCUUUAAAAUUAUUUUCUAAUUUAGUUAAAAUAUCGGGAAUUAUUUUAUCACUAGUGUAUUCUAUUGGGAUAUUAAUUCUAUUACAGACUUCAGUGUUUUCUUUGUGCCAAAAUAUUUUCUGUUUUAUUAUUUUUUUAGCCAAAAUACUUUUACUUUGUAGUAAUAUCAUUUAUACAUCAUAUAUUUGCCUUUUUUCAUAUUUAUUAAUGUUAAGUUUAUUCUAUCUAGAUGUUAUUAGACUAUACCUUAAACCUACAUAUUAUAAUGAGAUACUUCCAUGUCUCUCACUACUACAUUGAGUUAAGGUGGCUCUUUCCCUCCUUCCGAAGACAAUAUUUCCUGGGCACAUUCCUCUAUCAAAUCAUCAACAUCAUCAUCCUUCUUAUGCCUACAACUUUCUCCAAUUCAAGUGCUCAGUACAUUCCCUUUCCACAAGACCUCGACCUUCUGACCUUUACAUGCCUUCUCACAGAUCUGCCUCAUUCCAAAGCUCCUUUAUUGCUCGCUCUGUCAAUUUCUCCCUAUCAAAAUUCAGCAUUCCAUGCAUAUCCACAUUCAUAACCCUCCUAUUUCAAUUCCUAUCCCAAAAACAGUCAAAUAGUUGCUAACCAUUCGACAUUAUAAAUUGAUUUCAAGUUAUUCAUUAUCAAAUAUUAAUGCUGUUCUUUGCUAGGAAUAGAACUACAUUUUCCUACUCUUGGUGCCGCUGAACGCAUAUAUUGUUUGUUUUUAACAAUUAUUUUUUAUACACCAUUAAAUUUUACCUAUCGUUGACUUAAGAGAUGAUGAUGAUGUAUUUAUAUAUUAUUCAGCGUUUAACUACUCAGGCACUUUAUAUUAUCUGAUUCAGCUUUCUUUUUUUUCAGUAGAAACUUAUUUUAAAGAAGAAUCUAAUGUAUUUUUAUUUUUUAGUUAUUUUUUUCUCAAAAGAUCAUAUUUAUAUUGUUUUAUCACUGUAAAUAGUUUUUAGGGUCUUGUAAUAGUUUGAUUGUUUUGUGUAUGGUUUUAUUUGUUUUGUAUAUAGCAUGUUUACCUAAUACUAAUUGACUAUUACUAAUAUGCUAUAUCACCUCUAGAAAUGAGUCUUACUCUCAAAAAGGAAAUAUCAGACAGCUGGAAGUUCAUGUAGAAUGAGACUCAACCAAGCAAGUUGGAAGUUAUCAAAAAAUCAGUAAAUUCCUGGACCACAUCAAACUGUUCUAAUUGCAGGGAAGAAGUUGCCAUGAUUAAGUUAAGAACUGUUAGAGUUCUGGGAAUUUGGUGAUGAUGUAAACAAAACAAAAAUUUACUUCUAACUAAAUCAAUUAUAACACUACACAUACUGGCAUUAAUUAACAGAUAAAAGAGUUAUUAAGAAGGUUACAAACAAAAAAACAGUGUUGCCAGGUAGAUUUACAAUAGUGGUGAUAGUUAUUGUUAAUAACUCUCCCCUUCUCCUACACAUGCGGCAUUGGUCUCCAACACCCCCACUUGGCGCAUGGGAUUGAACACCAGUCCCAUCUUUGUUCUGCACCACUGAUGUUUCCCUCUGGUUAAGGCUUUUUUGAGGACAUCAGCCAACAUAAAUUCGGUGGAUUACUUGAAACCGAAAAAUUCUCUUUAGGUACGACCAGUGUGUCAUUUUCGGGUUUGAGUUGAAUCUACUAAGUGCCCCCACUGCAAAAGAUAGAUCUGGUCUUGUGCAGUUGGCAGCAUACAUCGGUGAACCAACAGCAGUUUGAUAAGGUACAUCAGCUCCUCAGAAUCGUCAUUCUUCAUAAUCUUCAGGCCAUAUUCCAUUGGAGUUCCUUGUAGUUUACAAUCAGACAUGUCAAACUUAUGAAGAGUUGUUUCUAUAUAUUUCUUUCGGAAUACCCAUUUGCACUUGAUGACGUUGUGUUCCUUAAGGCGAUUAGCCAGUUCCUAAGAAUUAUUUGUGAGAAGUGAAUCAUACUCUUCUUUGACGGCCAUCUUCCAGUUUUCAGAAUCUGGUUGGGAAAGAGCAUCGUCCAAAGUUUUUGGAUCAUCUAAAGAAUCAAUGGACAUUGUAACACUCAUUGUGAAAUGUUCAAAACCCUGGGAUAAUUUCAGCAUUCUCUGAGGAAGUUCACGUUUUGGAAGAUCUGCUGCAGAAGAUGUACUACCCGAUGAUAAUAAAUCUUCUUUAAAAUUGUUUUCAGAUAGAUCUUCUUUAUCUUAUAGCCGACCGUCCGAUUCUAAAAUCUGCAAUCGUGGCGGAAGUUGGGAAAGCUCAUGAUUUCCAUAAAAAUCAGCCAUGUUAGGUUCAUCUGAGUUUUCUUUGGUGCCCCCUUUGAAAAAAAUUUUGUCAAAAAACACGUCCCUGGAUUUGGUGACACAUCCAGUAGAAGGUUCGAUUAGUCUAUAUCCUUUAGAAUUUUCACAAUACCCAGUGAACACAUAUUCCUUGGGUUUUGGGCCCCACUUACUACGCUUGCAGUUAGGGACAUAAGCAUAAGCGGU